CGGCAACGGAGAGUGUAUGGAGUUACAGAUCGAGUACUUUCUUUUGGGUGAAUAGCCACGGCCUACCUUCUCACGGUUGCGAACUUCACAGUGCUGUUUCUUUUAUGCCAUUUGAUUGUAUCACAAAAUUUCAAAAAUGGCAGAAGGUUCUACGGCUACAAUCCGUACCAGGAAGUUUAUGACAAAUAGACUAUUAGCACGUAAGCAGUUAGUGGUGGACGUUUUACACCCCGGCCAGCCGUCGAUUAAAAAAACCGAAAUUCGAGAAAAGUUAGCGAAACUCUACAAGGUUACGCCAGAUGUAGUGUUUGCCUUUGGGUUUAGGACCAAUUUCGGUGGCGGGAUCUCUACAGGGUUUGCGUUAAUAUAUGACACCUUAGAUUUUGCAAAAAAAUUUGAACCUAAAUAUAGACUGCAACGUCACGGGUUGUACGAAAAGAAACAACAGACCCGUAAGCAACGUAAAGAAAGGAAAAAUAGGAUGAAAAAAGUACGUGGUACAAAGAAGGCUAAAGUAGGAGCUGCGGCGAAAAAGGGUGGAAGGAAGUAGGUUUCUACGAUCUGCAAUAUAUCCGCAUUAGUAAUUCCUGGGACCCUUUGCCUAUGAAGAACUUUUUACAAAUAAUUUUAUGUGUAAGUUUUCUUUGAGAAAUAAAAACAAGUGAAAACCUGUA